UCUAUAUUUGUGUUCUGUGCUUCAGUCCCAGCCACUCAAGCGUGAAAAGUUGCCCAGGUCCGGCCUUUAAAAUUUGUUUUUUAUUUAAAUAUUUGUUAUUCGGGAUUUUUGGGUUUAGUUUUAUAAAGCUAGAACUUUAGGAUAGUUGAUAGCCAGAUAAUAUUUAAUUUAAAGAUAAGAUUAUGUAAAAUUACUUUAACCAAAAAUUCAUUUAAUAAGGGUGUUUAUAAUAAGUGAUGAGAGAAUAGGUGGUACAAAUUACUUAGGCCCAUUUAUUCUGUGGAUUAGAGCAUUAUAGAUUUAGUUUUUGACACAAAAGGGGUAUUGAGAUUUAUUUUUAUUUGGUGGUUAUUAUUAACGAGGAUUUUGGCUGGCAUAUUUAAUGUUCUUUAUUAUUGCUUUUUUUAACAAGGAAAUCUUCCUGGACUCCCUCUUCCUGGUACCUAAAAAGUCCACGGGUCAGAAAAAGUCCAACGGUGAAGCAAAUCCUUUGGAACUACUGUCAACCUUAGGAUCCCUAGUAGGGGCCAUGCAGGACAAUGGAAACGCUGAGGGGAAACCAGGAGCUCUACUACAAGGAUUAGGUUCCUUAUUAGCUGGAGGCCAAGGUAAUGGAGAGGCUGGUGCUGCUCUCCUGCAAGGCUUAGGAUCCCUGUUAGCACCUCAAGAUGUCAAGAAAAAAGAAAAUGAGAAUAGUGCAGGUACUCUUCUACAAGGUUUAGGCUCCCUAUUAGGGGCUGGUGCAGGCAACCAAGGUGGUGGCGCUCUGUUGCAAGGUCUUGGCGCUCUAUUAGGUGGUUCCCAAAAUAAUGGUGACGGUGGACUGAAGGCGCCAAAUUUUCCUGCCUAUUUUCACAGGGUCAAAACAUUUUAAGGUAUAAUACCAAAACAAAUCCACAAGCACAAAUAAAAAAAACAAACUUCCUCACAGUAAAAACUGCAAAAAAUUUAGACUAAUACAAGCCAAAUUUUAAAUUCUUCACUUUCAUAAACGUGUAAAAAGCAAAACCGGCAAUACCCAUCAAAUAAUAACAACCUCUCAUGAUCCCCCUCCCAACUAUUAAUUUAAAUAACGAUUAAUAUUAAAAACACGACGAAAGUACUACAAAAACAGCCCAACAAUUUAUCUGGGUACGGCCCCGUAAUCCUCAAGAUCAGUGGGAUAGAGAGAGAUACACAAUCAUUUGCACAGCCUAAAGAAGGAAUCGCCAGAACGCAGGUGUUUUAUCUUUGUUUAAUAAACUGGCUAAAAAGAGGUAAAAAGUCUGUGAGUGCCGGGAGUGUUUAAAAUGUUUGUAAGAUGCUUGGAUUUUACUCCGCAGUCAAUUUUUUGAUAUUAUUUUCUUUCUAAGAAUUGCCAUUUUCGAAAGAAAAAUAAAAAAUAGUGUAAAAUAUGGGGUUUUACGUAUAUCUAAAAUGAUUUCAUAGAUAAAUUAUAUAAAAUGUUGCCAUUUAAACAUGCAUAUCAUGCGGCAAUAAAUACGACAUAGGCGCACGAACUUAGAACAUUGAAAGGCCUUUCAAUGUUCUAAGCGCACGAACUAUUUAUUUAGUGCGGCAUCUGCGACACAUCAAACAUUCUAAUAGUUUUCUGAACUGGACAAAUAUUAAGGAAAUAAAAAUAGCUUUAAUUCCUAGUGAAUUUGGAUAAAACUUCUUUCUAUAAUACAUAUUA